AUGUCUGGUCUGCAUGCCGUUAGCAGUUCAGAUGAUGUAAAACCACCAUAUGGCCUGAAGCCACUUUCAGGUCACAGUCCAGGACCAACGCUUUCUCAAAAACGUCUUUGUGCAAUUUGUGGGGACCGAUCUUCUGGGAAGCACUAUGGUGUGUACAGCUGUGAGGGAUGUAAGGGCUUUUUUAAGCGUACUGUAAGAAAGGACCUGAGCUACACUUGCAGAGAUAAUAAGGAAUGUAUGGUCGACAAGCGUCAGAGGAAUCGCUGCCAAUACUGCCGCUACCAGAAGUGCCUGGCUAUGGGCAUGAAGAGAGAAGCCGUUCAGGAAGAGCGUCAAAGGAACAAAGAGAGAGAUGGUGAAGUGGAAUCUACUAGUGUGGUGAAUGAGGAGAUGCCAGUAGAAAAAAUUCUGGAAGCAGAAAUGUCUGUAGAACAGAAGACAGAAAUGCAUACAGAUGGAAGCUCAGGGACCAGCUCUCCAAAUGAUCCCGUCACUAAUAUUUGCCAGGCAGCUGACAAACAACUCUUCACACUGGUCGAGUGGGCCAAGAGGAUCCCGCACUUCUCUGAACUGCCAUUGGAUGAUCAAGUCAUCCUUCUACGUGCGGGUAAAUGUUAA